ACAUAGUCAACUAAUAAUGUUCAACAAAAGUUUGUGGUCAAUUUUCUCAAACUUACAUCAAAAUCAUUAGUAAACAAAUAAAGGAUGGCCAUCAGCAACUACCUUGAAUUCACAGGUUCAUGGUUUCUUCUUUCUUAAAACUCAUUUCUAUUCUUUAGAUGAAUCUCCAUCCACACACAGUCCACAUUCAGAUUGUAUGAUGGGCAUCAAUUUCAGAAACCCAACUCCUUUUUUUCUAAGCUCUCUUUUCUUCUUCAUCUUGUGUUCUCUUUCUUCAUUCUGCUUUGCAGCAGAUACACUUUCACAGGGCCAAUCAAUAAAAGAUGGCGAAAACAUUACCUCGGCAGAUCAAAGAUUCGUCCUGGGGUUCUUUAGUCCUGGAAAUUCUACCUUCAGGUAUGUCGGAAUUUGGUACAACAAAAUUCCAACACAAUCUUUCAUAUGGGUUGCUAACAGAGAGAAUCCAAUCUCCGGCAAAGAUGGUGUUCUUACGAUCGGAAACAACGGUAACCUAAUGGUUUUAGAUGGAAAUGGCAGUUCAGUCUGGUCGAGUAAUGCAUCAGUUGUGUCCGGUAACUCUUCCACUGCAAUUCUUAUGAGUAGUACCGGUAAUCUUAUUCUCUCGAGCAACGACAGUGUUGGUGACGCUGCAAAGGCCUUGUGGCAGAGCUUCGACGAUCCAACAGACACUUACUUGCCUGACAUGAAAGUCCACAUGAAUGUUGAUACCGGGGAGAACCAUGUUUUCACUUCUUGGAGAAGUGAGAAUGAUCCUUCCCCUGGGAGGUACUCAAUGGGCGUUGAUCCGCGUGGAUCGCCACAGAUUGUGAUAUGGGAGGGGCAGACUCGACAUUGGAGAAGUGGCCAUUGGAAUGGACUAAUGUUUACAGGUGUUCCUUCCAUGAAUGCCCUCUAUCUGUAUGGUUUUAAGCUUUUUGAUAAGGGAGAUGGUAACAUGUAUUUUACGUAUACGUUGUCAAAUACUUCCGAUAUUGUAAGGUUUCUGAUAACUUCGGAUGGACAUGAGGAGCAGCUAAUGUGGGAAGAAGAUGAAAUGAAGUGGAGUUUGAUACAAUCGCAGCCUGAUAAUGUAUGUGGAGAGUACAACAAGUGUGGGACUUUCGGGAAAUGUUAUGUGAAUGGAUCUUCUAUAUGCAGUUGUAUUGAAGGGUUUGUAGCAAAAGACUUGGAUCAGUGGAAUAGAGGGAAUUGGUCAGGUGGGUGUGUUAGGAGGACACAAUUGCAGUGUGAGACGAAUAGCAGCCUAAUCGAGGGAGGGAAUGGGGAAGAAGAUGGAUUUGUCGAGGUUGAUGGGAUGAAGUUACCGGACUUUGUGGACUACGUGGGAUCAGAUGAUAUCAAUGCUUGCAGAGAUAUGUGUCUGAACAAUUGUUCAUGUAAAGCAUAUGCAUAUGUAAGUGGGAUCAGCUGCAUGAUGUGGAGUGGGGAUUUGGUUGAUCUUCAGCAAUUUGCAGAUGGUGGGAACACGCUCUACAUUCGUCUCGCGAAUUCUGAAUUAGGUGGUGGGAGAAAAAUAACCAAAUUUGUAAUAAUUGCAACAGUGGUGGUGGGCGCAUUCUUUCUAUGUGUAACCAUUUGGCUAUUAUGGAGGUUCGGAGCAAAAUUGAAAGCAUUCUUGAAUCCAUCGCAGAAGAACAAUGAGUUACCGAUGCUUUAUGCACGCAGAAGUGAGGAACUUUCGACAGAUCUUUCUGGACCGGAUGACCUUAGAGUUGAAGGGCAGCAUGUAAGCGGAGCAGAAUUAUCAUUCCUCGAUUUUAAUACUGUGGCAUUAGCUACAAACAAUUUUUCAAAUGAAAACAAGCUCGGACAAGGUGGAUUUGGCCCUGUCUACAAGGGAAAGUUGCCAUGGGGACAAGAAAUAGCUGUAAAGAGGCUUUCAAGAAAGUCUGGACAAGGCUUGGAGGAGUUCAAGAAUGAGAUUACACUAAUUGCCAAAUUACAACACAGAAAUCUUGUUAGACUUCUUGGAUACUGCAUUCAAGGAGAAGAAAAGAUGCUUCUUUAUGAAUACAUGUCUAACAAGAGCUUGGAUACAAUUCUUUUUGACACUGCUAAGCAAGCGCGACUUGACUGGAGGAAACGCUUUACAAUAAUCGAAGGGAUUGCGCGAGGGCUCCUAUAUCUUCACCGAGAUUCAAGACUUAGAAUUAUUCAUAGAGAUCUUAAGGCGAGUAACAUUUUGUUGGAUGAAGAGAUGAACCCGAAAAUUUCAGACUUUGGCAUGGCUAGGAUAUUUGGAGGCAACCAAAAUGAAGCCAAUACAAACCGAGUUGUUGGAACAUACGGCUAUAUGGCUCCCGAGUAUGCAAUGGAAGGUCUAUUUUCUGUCAAGUCUGAUGUGUAUAGUUUUGGAGUAUUAAUACUAGAGAUUAUAACCGGCCGGAGAAACACUAGUUUUCGUUCACCCGAACACUCAAAUAUUAUUGGAUAUGCAUGGGACUUAUGGGAUGGUGAUAAAGCAAUGGAGAUGAUUGAUCCUUCAAUUGCAGAUUCAUGUUGCCAAAAUGAAGUGUUGAGAUGCAUACAAGUAGGGAUGUUGUGUGUGCAGGACAUGGCAUUUGACAGACCAAUAAUGUCGUCUGUGUUGCUGAUGUUGGAGGGUCAAAGUACAAGUAUGCAGAUGCCGAGACGACCGAGUUUUACUUCAAUGAGAAGAAGCUCUAUAGACAUGGAUGAAUCUUGGAAGGAAAGUCGAGACAUUGUAUCCUCAAAUGAUGUAACAAUUAGUGCGAUAAAUGGUAGAUAAUACUUUUAUGCGUGUGUGUGUGUUCCUUCCCCUGUUUCUGUAAUGUGGGUGUUUCUACUCGUGUAUAUUGAUAAGUGAGGCUCAUUGUUGGUGCAAUAGUAAAAGUUCAUAUUUUUUUAAUUUUUUCCUUUGUAAGUUCCUAUUUUUAGGUUGCCAAAUAUGGCUUAGCAAUACUAGACUCAGGUUUUGGGUAGUCCAGUAUGUGACCACGAUUCUAACCCUUUCUUGGUCAAAAUUGUGCAUUGUU